ACACAUACGUAUACACUUUCUCUCUCUAUACGUAUAGAUUACUCACAUUGUUACUUUCUCUCUCUACAACACCUUCUCACUCACUCACACUGCAGAAAUAUAGUGAAACAUUGUCCUUCACUUUACUAAGUAGGCACCAUGUGAAACUCUGACAAUUAUCUCUCUCAUAUAUUUGUAUCUCACUAGCUUUUUGGCGGAUUCCGAUUGAUUGUUAAAUCAGAGAGUUGGAUCGGUAAAUGGCAGCUUCUUCAUCAAGGGGAAGAAGCAGUUCACCAUUCCACCACCGGAAGCCGUCGAGUACUUUUUCAUCAUCUUCAUCGUCGUCGUCUUUUAAGCAGCUCAUUCCUCGCUCCUGCUCAUCUUCCGCAACAACGUCCUUCUACCCGGCCUCUGGUAACGGCUACGGUUCCAGAUCCAUCACUCCUGGUCCGACUAGGUCUGAUUCGAUGUAUUCCAAAGGAGGAUAUGGAGGCCGUUCGCCGGUAGCUUUUCCGUCUCCUGAUGAGCUGAUAGGAGAGCCGGUUGAUAGUGUGCCGAGAUCGGGAGGAGGAGACAGCAUUUCUGUGACGAUUCGGUUUAGGCCUUUGAGUGAACGAGAGUAUCAGAGAGGAGAUGAGAUAUCUUGGUACGCGGAUGGAGAUAAGCUCGUGCGCAACGAGUACAAUCCGGUGACUUCCUAUGCUUUUGAUAGAGUUUUUGGAUCCUCUGCCGUCACCCAGGAAGUGUAUGAAGUUGCCGCUCGACCUGUUGUGAAGGCUGCUAUGGAAGGAGUAAACGGCACUGUCUUUGCUUACGGUGUUACAAGUAGUGGGAAGACACAUACAAUGCAUGGUGAUCACCAUUCUCCAGGAAUAAUACCAUUGGCUAUAAAGGAUGUUUUCAGCAUUAUUCAGGAUACUCCAGGAAGGGAGUUCUUGUUACGUGUAUCAUAUCUUGAGAUCUACAAUGAGGUGAUCAAUGAUUUGCUCGAUCCAACCGGACAAAAUCUUCGUGUUCGAGAAGAUGCACAGGGUACAUAUGUUGAGGGUAUAAAGGAAGAGGUUGUUUUAUCCCCUGGGCAUGCCCUUUCUUUUAUCGCUGCUGGUGAAGAGCACCGUCAUGUCGGUUCAAAUAACUUUAAUCUGCUUAGUAGCCGUAGUCACACGAUAUUUACUCUGAUGAUCGAAAGCAGCGCCCAUGGUGAUGAGUACGAUGGAGUGAUCUUUUCUCAACUUAAUCUAAUUGAUUUAGCGGGAUCAGAGAGCUCAAAAACUGAAACAACUGGACUGAGGAGGAAGGAAGGAUCUUACAUUAACAAAAGUCUUCUAACCCUUGGAACUGUAAUUGGUAAGCUUAGUGAGGGGAAGGCAUCUCAUGUUCCAUAUAGAGAUUCCAAGCUUACCCGCCUACUACAGUCUUCACUUAGUGGCCAUGGACAUGUUUCUCUCAUCUGCACAAUAACUCCAGCUUCUAGUAAUAUGGAGGAGACACACAAUACAUUAAAAUUUGCAAGUAGGGCGAAGCGUGUCGAAAUCUAUGCUUCUCGGAACAAGAUUAUUGAUGAAAAGUCUUUAAUUAAGAAGUACCAAAGAGAAAUAUCAGUACUCAAACAAGAGCUUGAUCAGCUAAGGAGGGGGAUGCUUGUAGGUGUUAAUCCUGAGGAGAUAAUGAGCUUAAAGCAAAAGUUAGAAGAAGGACAAGUAAAGAUGCAAUCACGCCUGGAGGAGGAGGAAGAAGCCAAGGCAGCUCUAAUGAGUAGAAUUCAGAGGCUUACCAAGCUAAUACUUGUUUCCUCAAAAAAUACACUUCCUGGAUUGACUGAUGUAUCUGCUCAUCAACGGAGUUUCUCCACCAAUGAGGAUGAUAAUGCUUCUAUGCUCUUGCAAAGCGAGAAUCUGAAUGACUCUCCAUCAGAAUUAUCUUAUGAACUCAAACACAGAAGAAACUCCAGCAACUUAUCAGCAGCAGGUAGCACUAUCACAGAGUCAACUCAAGCGGGUGACCUUAUUAAUGGUUCUGCUGGUGGUGCAAAACUGCUAACAGGUGGAAUCUCAAUAGAUCAGAUGGACCUUCUGGUGGAGCAAGUUAAAAUGCUUGCAGGAGAGAUAGCAUUCAGUUCAAGUACAAUGAAACGUUUAGUGGAGCAGUCUGCAAAUGAUCCUGAGAGCUCGAAAACUCAAAUAGAUAACUUGGAACGUGAAAUAGAAGAAAAGAGAAGGCAAAUGAGGGUCAUAGAAAAACAGAUUAUUGAAAGUAAUGAAGCUUCAAUUUCUAAUACAUCGUUGGCUGAUAUGCAGCAGACAAUGAUGAGAUUGAUGACACAAUGUGAUGAAAAGGGUUUUGAGCUAGAGAUCAAGUCAGCAGACAAUCGCAUCCUCCAGGAACAACUGCAGAACAAGUGUUCUGAAAAUAAGGAACUGCAAGAGAGAAUAUUACUACUUGAACAACAGCUGGCUGUGGCCAAAAGCGAGAAACCCUUGCCAUCAUCUGGACCGCAUGUAUCUGAAGAAUACGUUGAUGAGCUGAGGAAGAAGAUUCAGAAUCAGGAGGUAAAGAACGAGAAGCUAAAGCUGGAGCGUGUUCAAAUUCUAGAGGAGAAUAGUGGAUUAUCAGUACAGAAUCAGAAACUGUCUGAAGAAGCCUCUUAUGCAAAAGAAUUGGCAUCCGCUGCUGCUGUUGAACUAAAAAAUUUGGCUGGUGAGGUCACCAAACUUUCGCUACAUAAUGCAAAACUCGAGAAAGAGUUGGUGGCUGCACGUGAGUUGGUGAACUCCAGACCUGGAAAUGGUGGUAACCGCAAGUACGGUGAUGCCACAAAACCUGGUCGGAAUGGACGGCUAUCUGGUCGAGUAAAUGAUGGCUACAAUGACUUUGACUCACGGAACCUUGACCCAGAAGAUUUAAAAAGGGAGUUGCAGGCAAGGAAGCAACGAGAAGCAAGCCUUGAAGCUGCAUUGGCAGAGAAAGAACUUAUAGAAGAUGAAUACAGGAAAAAAGUUGACGAGUCGAAGAAAAAGGAAGCCGCUUUGGAAAAUGAUCUGGCAAACAUGUGGGUUGUUGUUGCUCAGCUGAAGAAAGAGGCAGGAGGAGUUGUUCCUGAAUCAAACACCAAUAACGAAGGACAUGCCGAGAGAAACGAAAACGUGAACGAACCACAAAUAGAUAAUGGUGAUUUCAACAAUACUGUUCUCAAAGAAAGGCAAAUUUUGGAUGUGCAACAAAUGGCUCAUGACGUACCAAAGGAAGAGCCCCUUGUUGCUCGUUUAAAGGCUCGAAUGCAAGAGAUGAAGGAGAAAGAGGUGAAUUACAAUGGGAAUGUUGAUGCAAAUUCUCAUGUUUGUAAAGUAUGUUUCGAGUCACCAACUACAACAAUGCUUCUUCCUUGCCGGCAUUUUAGUUUGUGUAAACCUUGCUCAGUUGCAUGUUCCGAGUGUCCAAUUUGCCGGACCAAGAUUUCAGAUAGAAUUUUUGCUUUCACCUCUUGAUAUUUGCACAUUUAAAUGAGGAGAUAUUUGGAUCAUUCACCUGCUGCUGGUUAUAUUUUGUGGUAGUGGGUGCUCAUUCUUUAAUUGGUCAAGCUGUAUGUAUGUAAACUAAACUAAACUAAACUAAACUACUGUUGAAAAAAGGGGUAUAGUGCUGUUGUGAAAGGGAUUGUAAAAGUAGAAGCUUAAAAAUAGAAAUAUUAACAGAGGUCAAAUGUGUAUGGCCUUCUAUUGUGAUAUAUAAAAUUACCUACAUUUUCUGCCUCC